CGUACACUAUUGAGUCAGGAGUGAAAGUAUUUUCCUUUUUAUUUUUCCAGAAUAACUUGUCUGUCUUUCUAGGACUUUCAAUUUAUCUAUAAUUUGAAGCUUAUAAUAUCUGCAAUUUUGACCAUUAUAAUUGUUGCAAAAAUAUUUGUAGGAAGUCGUAUUGGUAAUUGUUGUUGGAAGGAAGACGUGUGUUGUAGCAGUGAACCGAUUUUGAGAAGCAGUCAUUGUGUCAGAGAGUUGGUUAAUAGUUCUGUUGGAAGCUAUUUGCCAGCUGAGAUUGACGUUUUCUGUCAACCAGUGAGCGAAGAUAAUACCGUGUUCGCAACACGUAUGUCACUUAUCUGCGCUACUGGGAGGAUUGUAGUGAUAUUUAUCGUUGGAUAGCGUGUUGAUGGAAUAGUUUUGAACCUACUACAGCCCCUGCGCCCUAGCCCCCGUCAUGUCAGCAGGAUCAACUUUACAGAAGGCCAUUGACUUGGUCACUAAAGCAACAGAAGAAGACAAGAAUAAAAACUAUGAAGAAGCAUUGAAGUUAUAUGAACAUGGUGUAGAAUAUUUUCUCCAUGCUAUCAAAUAUGAAGCACAAGGUGAAAAGGCAAAAGAGAGUAUUCGUGCAAAAUGUCUACAAUACUUGGACAGAGCAGAAAAGCUGAAAGAAUAUCUUAAGAAGGGAAAGAAGAAACCUGUUAAAGCUGGUGAAUCAAAUUCCAAAAAUGACGAAAAGAAAAGUGACAGUGAUAGUGAUUCAGAUGAUCCUGAGAAGAAGAAAUUACAGAGCAAAUUGGAAGGUGCAAUUGUGGUAGAGAAACCUUGUGUUAAAUGGUCAGAUGUAGCUGGUCUUGAAGGGGCCAAAGAGUCUCUAAAAGAAGCAGUAAUACUUCCAAUAAGGUUUCCACAUUUAUUCACUGGAAAGAGAAUACCAUGGAAGGGAAUUCUUCUAUUUGGGCCACCAGGUACUGGUAAAUCAUAUUUAGCUAAAGCUGUAGCAACUGAAGCUGACAAUUCAACAUUUUUCUCCGUUUCUUCUUCCGACCUGGUGUCUAAGUGGCUGGGAGAAUCUGAAAGAUUGGUGAAGAAUCUGUUUGAGCUAGCUAGACAACGCAAACCAAGUAUAAUAUUUAUUGAUGAAGUGGAUUCAUUGUGCUCAUCACGUUCUGACAAUGAAUCAGAAUCAGCAAGGCGCAUAAAAACAGAAUUCCUCGUUCAGAUGCAAGGAGUGGGUAAUGAUAAUGAUGGAAUAUUGGUUCUGGGUGCCACAAAUAUUCCAUGGGUUUUGGAUUCUGCCAUCCGCAGAAGAUUUGAGAAGCGAAUAUAUAUUCCUCUUCCAGAAGAACAUGCUAGACUAACAAUCUUCAAACUACAUUUAGGAAAUACAUCACACACACUCACAGAGGAAGACUUCAAAGUACUCGCAAACAAAACUGAGGGAUAUUCUGGAGCAGACAUUAGUAUUGUAGUGCGAGAUGCACUUAUGCAGCCAGUUCGCAAGGUCCAGACUGCAACACAUUUUCGAAGAGUUCGAGGUCCAUCACCUAUUGAUCCUAAUGUAAUAGCAGAUGACCUACUAACUCCAUGUUCCCCAGGUUGUCCUGGCGCUAUAGAGAUGACAUGGAUGGAUGUUCCUGGUGACAAACUAUUUGAACCGCCCGUGACAAUGAAUGACAUGCUUCGGUCUUUAGCAACAUCCAAACCAACACUAAAUGAAGAGGAUAUGGCAAAACUUGAGAAGUUUAAGGAAGAUUUUGGCCAGGAAGGUUAACUGCAGCUUUCAGUCUUCAUCUGGCUAUUUCAAGAUGUUUAUAUUUUAUGAAUCACGGUCUCCUUGAACUCUAUUUUUUUGCAUGCUUGUAAAAAGCUGUUGCAAAGCAAGAGUGAAUUGUCUGUGUGUGAUAUUCUUGUACUGAACAAUGCAUAGUUACAGUAGAAUGGAAGGGCAAGGAGGCAGUGCCACCAAAACUAUAUACUGUUGAAUUUGAAACAUCACUUCGUGCCCAUGUGUGGAAAUUAUUUUGGUAAAUAAGAGCAUUUAGCAUGUGUAGAGCCGUAACAGGCAUGUUCUCCCUCUGAUUAAAGCAAGAGGUUUCAGUCUGAAUGAAACCGGAACAUGACCAGAAGAGUUAGUUAAUAUUUGUUGCAUUUUACUUCUGCCUAAAAAUACUUAACUUAAAAUUCUAGAAAGGAUGUAAAGAGAUACUGA